UAACUAUUAAGUGACUAAAUUCAAAUUGUGUAGUAUCUUCAAAUCUAUAGAAGGCAGUUCUCGAAAUCGCUUAAACUUAACAGGACACGCUUGCGUUAUUCGUAUUUUAAAUAUUACUCAAAAUCGCAUUAACCGAAAAGCACGCGCCUUUAUAAUACUUAUUUGAACGGUAUUAGUUGGUGUUUCAAGGAGAAAUUAAUUUCAUUAUGUCUACACAAGAAUGGCUUGUUUUGCUUACAGUUGGAUUUUUAUUGAAAGAGAGCACAGCUGCAGUCCAGAUUCGGAUCCCUAAUUCGCACAUCACGGUAACAUCAAACGGAACUUCAUGGAAGGACUCGAAAAAGUCAAAGGACUGGACUGCAGAUAAGGUCAAAGAUGGUAUUGAAAAUAACCAAGGCAGUGCUGACGAUUGUGGAUGUUGCGCAGCUCUACAAAGACCGGCAUGGGUGCAGCUGACACUGGACAAGACUUAUAUCGUGGAAGAGAUUGUAGUUCUGGGGCGUACAGAUAUUGUAACCACUCAGUUUGACAACAUCAAAUUGUCACUGGGAAGACAGAACAAGUCUCAUCAGGACGGAGCGCUCAAUAUUCAAAACCGGUCUGCGAGGGCCAUUCUGGCUCCUCCAAGUGAACUAGAUGUUGUACGAGUUUCUGGUGGCACGGGACAAGAUAUCGAUACCUAUAUGACUAUAUGCGAGAUAAUGAUAUACCGACAAGCAGACUGUCUACCCGGCAAGUACAGUGUAAACUGUUCCAAAGAGUGUCAUUGUCUUUCGGGACCAUGUGAAAGUGUCACGGGCAAUUGUGUGACUGCUACAUGUAAAGACGGCUGGAGAGGACUCGCAUGUAAUGAAACAUGCGAUCAAGGGUUAUUUGGUUUGAACUGCUCCUCAGAGUGUCAUUGCCUACACGGUGCCAACUGUAACCAUGUCGUCGGUAACUGCUCGAAUGAGCAAUGUGAGCCUGGGUGGACUAACAGUAACUGUAGCGUUGCCUGUAAACAUGGUUUCUACGGACCGAGCUGUUCUAUGGAGUGUCACUGCGACAAAUGUCAUCCCGUCAAUGGAUCGUGUGUGAUGUCUCUUCAAUGUCACGCUGGGUACAGGAUGGAAAAUGGUUUCUGUAAACCCCACGAACAGAUAGGAGGCAGUACAACCUUUAACGCGAUUGGAGUUGUUAGUGGUUGCAUCGUAGCUGUUGUAAUCAUAAUUGGAAUUACUUUUCUAACCGUAUAUUACAGGCGACAACAACUUCAUGCCGCCAAAGGAUAUUCUAAAUUAUCUUUACCGGAUCAGAUAGAGGCACGUUUCAACAAUGGAUUUGAUCAUAUCAAUCGGACUAAUGAUGGCAAAAACGUCUUAGUACAAGACAAAGCGGAAGUCGCAUCAAAAAACGUCUGCCGAUUAUUUUCUGGCAAAGAAAAUCUCGUUCCCUGUGGUGACAAUGAUUAUUACAGCUUCAGGACACCACUUGGCGUUGGAAUAAAAAUCCAUGAACUCUGGGACUACAUUCACGAGAAGUGUCAAAGUUCAACAUUCUUUGAAGAAGAGUUUAAAAAAUUCAGAUGCGGGCUUAUUCAUAAGCAUGAUGUAGCAUCGUCCGAAGAAAACAGAGGAAAGACCCGCUACAAGCAGAUGUAUGCAUACGACCAUAACCGUGUGCCCUUGACCAAAGAGAUUGAUGGAGAUUCCGAAUAUAUCAACGCGAGCUAUAUACACGGCUUUGAAAAGGCAAAGAAAUUCAUCGCGUCACAGGGGACGACAGAGAAAAAUUUAGUUGACUUCUGGUCUAUGAUAUGGCAACAGAGAGUAGACAAGAUUGUGAUGCUGACAAAUUUGAUUGAAAUGGGAACGAUGAAAUGCUUACAAUAUUGGCCCGAGGAGUUGAAUAGUGUGUGCAAGUACGGACGUAUUGACGUCAAGUACAUUGAUGUCGAGGAGAUGUUUGAUUACAACAUCAGGACUUUCACAAUCAAGAAGGGACAUGAUGCCAGGCUGGUAAAACAGUUUCAUUUUAAGUCAUGGCCAGACAAAGGUGUUCCUGACACGGCCUGGUGCCUAGUAGACUUUUGGAGAGCGGUGAAUACUCAGGAGGAGCACCAAUCACCAAUUCUUGUUCACUGCAGCGCAGGUGUUGGGCGAACAGGAACAUUUAUUGCUCUCGACAAUCUUAUUUCACAAGCGCAAAUUGAAAGCUGUGUCAGACCAUUCCAGAUUGUCGAAGCAUUACGUGAACAAAGGGUCAGCAUGGUUCAAACAAAGGAACAAUACGCCUACCUACACGAGGCUGUGGCGGAAGCUCUCCUGGUGGGGACACACCACGUGAUGAAAAGACAGUUCGAAAGUGUCCACCGGUUCAUGAACGCAAAAGAUAGUAUUUCGACAAUCACCCGACUUGAAAAACAGUUAGAAUUGUUAAAACAAAGUGUUGAAAGUCGUGAGAGACAUUUGCAACUAGGGGCAAGACCGGAAGCAGAAUAUGGAAAUAGUGGACCACACGUGACUGAAAUCGAUGUAUAUCGACCACAACAGCAAAGAAAGAGUGAACCACCAGAUGAAAUUAAUAUCCAUACAUUCAAUGGACUUACGGGAACAAUUGUGCUUCGCAAACCGAACGAACAACAGCUGCCUAUGUUUUGGUCUCGUCUCAAAAAGCUCGGCUCGAAAACGUUGAUUGAUCUUGCUUCGGGUGAUAUCGAACUGAAACACCUACUUAUAAACAGAAAAGACGGGACACAUGCAUUAAAAGGUCCAUCUGCUAUCAAAGAGGAACACAAAAAUGGAUUUAUUGAAAUAACGUAUUCCAUGACCAACGAGACUUUCCGCGACAAAACGAUAAAACACUUCGUGCUGUCUUCGUGGAAAGAAGUAGAUAUACCGACAGACAAGAAACCAUUGCUUGAGAUGAUAGGUGCGGUGUACACCUGGCAAUCCGAACUGACAGAGGACACACCGAUUUUGAUAUUGGACAGUUGUGGAUAUCGGAAAUGCGGAGUCGUCGCUGUUUUAUUGAACGAGAUUUAUCGCAUAUUAGAACAGAAUGGGCGGAUCAACAUUGUACAAUCAGUCAAGACGAUGGUGCACGAAAAUAGCCUUCUAAUCCGCAGCAAGAUGCAGUACAAGUUCUGUUAUGAUGUGAUAUUGGACUUUGUUCAACAGCAAGGGGUUUAUCAGAAUUAUUAAUGUUAGAAUAGAAUGUCGUAUAGUGUGCUGUAUUGCAUGGGCCAUUUGUGACUUGCAAAUAGGAACAUAGAUAUGUUGUAAACGAUAUUGUUGCGUCUGAUGUUUGCAUGAGUUACCGUAUUUCUCGGCGGAGCUGACUACGCCAGCUUUUCACUUUACGUGACCUUUGUUAGCGUCCAAUAGAAUUCAAAUAAAACUUCCCGCGGCAAAGUACGGAUGAAUACACUUCAUUGACUGCAUUGGCUGAUUUGAUAAUACCACUAGAACAUUGGAAACAUGUCCGCGUCUUUGUAACACUGUUUUACUGCCUGUUCAGCAUGAAACAGUUUUAUCUCUAAUAAAAAGGCUUAAUAGAUAGAACAGUUUUACACUCAAUCUCGACAUCAAUACAGUUUGUGCGUGCUACUUUUAUUUUCAGAGGAUUGCCAGCGCGAGAUCGUUGUGUACUUAAAGGCCAUGUUCUCAUAUUUAGUACUGACUUCCAUAUUCCUGUCAACAUGUUAUAUGUAAAAGUAUAAAGAGCAGUGGAAGCGAUGCCUCACUUUAAUGCAUUGCAUUUCAACCCGCGAGGUAUAGGGGUCAGUUCGCGGUUAGUGUGUUUGAAUGUCAGAGUUUAUAUAAUAUAGACGCUAUAGCGUGAACUAGGUGAACUGGAAUUUUCUUUACCAGAAUGAUGUUAAAUGAAGAUAUCCAGCGAUAUUAUUGUGGCAUGUCAAUAAUAGAUUUCAACAAUACCAUGAUAAAUAUUAUUUUUAAUUAAUUAACAAGAAUUAUUCCAUCAUAUUGACUAAUGUAUUAUUGCAUCAUAUUGACUAAUGUAUUAAGUAUGAGCGCGAUGAUUCUCGAUACUGUUAAUAAUCGAAUCAAAUAGCAAUGCCCGAUAAACCACUAAAACAGGUUUGUUCGAAGAACGUGCGUAUACAUAUUUAAAAUAUGUACGGAGACUUCGCGUGUGGCCGGUUGACUUUGGUUUUCUGUUUUGUAUCUAUAGGUUUAUGACCAGCAAUAUAAAAUAAUGUAAAAUAAGCCACGAAAACUCCGCGUAACAUCCCGUACUGCGUGUGAUGCAGCUAAAAACUGCAAAGCAAAAAAUAUCAUCUAUCCUUGAUCUCAUUCAUUUAAAUCUUUACCUUCCAUAAACUCCAACCACAAUCAACGCCGUAUAUCUUUUUUAAAGAUAUUUCUUGUUUGUAAUAUUAUAGGUUUCUUUCAUAGGAUUCAUUCAUGAUGUACAUAUACAACUGUAUUAGCAUUUUGCACGUGAUUAUUUUGAGAUGAAUAAAACAGAUAUCGUUACUUAAAACCUUAUUUGCUACAGAGUGAAUUGUUUGAUGCAGGUUAAAAGUAAUACCAUGUUGCAAUGCAAUUGCGUAAGGACAGUAUAUAUAAGGUAAAAGUUAAACAUGUAUUGCAUGUACAUUUUUUGAAUAAUUUUGUUUUCUUCAAUGUUUGAAGGCAGAAGUAUUGGGACCGGUUACAAUUUUAAUAAAAAAAUAUAAAAGCCUGUGCAAUUUAGAGACCGAAUGACGAAACAUCCUCGAGCUUCACGCGGGUAAUCUGCAAUUAACGGUGUACCCUUGAUUGCAUUACAAUAUUGACACUGACGAUUGUUUAAAACUUUACCUUCGGAUUGCUCGAACCGGUCGCUAUUUUGUUACCUGGACCGCACGUGCUUAAUAUUGACCGACCACGUCUUAUUCGAGGACUACUUUGAAAGGUGCGGUUUGCGAUGAAUGUUUUUUCAAUUUUGAUUCUAUACCAUUAUUAAAAGCUCUAACAAAUUAUUUGUCAUUAUGCUAUUAUUUGAAAUUAUUCGAAUUUAUAUUUUUAGUGUAAAUAUUUUCUUGAUUAGGGAUUUAUUCAUACUUAAUUGAUAGUGAAAAAGUGCCGAAACUUUUGAAAACAAGAUAUAUCGACCAAUUUCGGAUACAUACAUACAUCUUUAAAUAUGUGAUUAAUUUCCGUGGUUACACACAUUUGUAACGAUAUCCAGUAACUUAAUAUCAACAUGCCGAUAGGCCGGUAUGUGAUGAUUGCUAGCUAUGAAUUUGAAUAUUGUAUAGCUGUUUGCUACAUGUACAUGUUUUAUUAUUUGCCUCUUUUAUUUACUAUACUUUUUAUCAUUUUUAAUCAUGUUUGCUUUUGGUUUGUGUGCAGUUAUUAUAUUUGAUAAUUUAAUAAAAUUUCUUGAACACCUGAAAGGAUGCGUUUGAAAACGUUACCAAAACAAUUGUAUAUGUUUACACGAAGAGAGAAACCAUAAAUGGUAUCAAUGUAAUACAAAUUAAUUAAUGAUGGAUUAUGAUAACACACCAUUUAAACAUGAAACGGCAUUUGAAACUUGAAAUUAAUCUAAAGAAAGAACCUGAGCAGAUCACAUUUACACCACUGACUGGUCUAUAUGUUUAAACAUCUGAAAU